UCUUCCCAUCACUAGUGUGCUGUCUUUCAUCCCAUUCAAGGUAGCAUUGUGGAUGUCAUUUACACCGUCCAGCCUGUAGAUGGUGACGUGCAGCUUCUAACUGAUGUUAGUUGCCCUAAAAGAAGAACACGGGCACGGUAGGAGCAUGAUCAGCUGGAGACUGUUUGUACUCUCAACUCCCUCUUUGAUAAGAAGAAAAGGCCGUGGACUGACUCUGGCCAUAUCAGCUUCAUGUUAGCCGUUAGUCUGUGCUGCUGUUGGAGCAGAAGGACUUCAGCUGGAGAAGAGGAGGAGGAGGAGCAGGGAGACAACAUCACUCGACCUUCAUCUGAAGUGCAACUGAUUGUGUAGUGGAUACAGAGAGGAAAACAGUGACCAAAAAAGUUCCAGAAUGCCUCUGUUCUUUAAGAAGAAGAAGCCCAGCGAUGACUCUCAGAAACGACUGGAGUAUCAGCUCUGUCGGUCUAAAGAAGCGGGCGCUGAUGACAGCCUGGACCUGUCUUGCUGUGAGCUCUCUGAGGUUCCCUCCAGUGCAUUUUCUAUCUGCCGAGUCCUCCAGAAAAAGGUUUUAAUCCUUCAUACCAAUGAGUUAAGGUCCCUGCUGCCCAAGGGUAAUGACAUCAGUAAUCUUGACACUCUGAAGGUUUUGGAUCUUCAUGAAAAUAAACUCACCUCUCUUCCAGAAGACAUUGGGAAACUGACGUCACUGCAGAUUCUGAAUGUGGACAAAAACCGCUUGAAAAGCCUGCCAGACUCCAUCGGGAAUUUAGAGCUCCUACAAACACUGAGUGUGAAAGGUAACCAGUUAAAUGAGCUGCCCUCAUCAGUUGGCUCCUUAAAGAGCCUGCGCACCCUGGACCUGAGCGAUAACCACAUCCUCCAGCUCCCUAAAACCUUGGCCUACAUCCGAACACUAGAGAGCCUGACUCUGGACACCGCUGUGAUGACCUACCCACCUGUGUCGGUGUGUACAGAGGGCACAGAGAGCAUCCAACGCUUCCUGUGCUCAGAGCUGGGUGAAGAAUACUGCCCUCCAUCUCAGUACCUUUUGCCAGUGCUGGAGAGUGACUGCAGUAGACAGAACUGUGACCACUUGGAUGGUGUGGAGGAGACCUGGAAGAACAAAUUCAGUGACUAUGAAAAAAGAAAGGAGCAGAAGCAGAAGGAGAAAAUAGCUUUUGAACGACACCUGGAGGAGAGGCAAAAGGAACACACUCAGCUUGUGCUCAUGAGUUCAUCAUUCAAGGAAAACAUCCUCAACUCAGUGCGACUGGAGCAGGAACGUCUGGAGCAGGGAGUGUGCCAGCAGCAGAGGGCUCAGGAGGUUGAGAGGCUGCUGGUGCUGGAAAAGGUCCGACAGGCUGAGGACAGCAUCAGCAGCCGCAUCAGCAACAUGCUGAUCGACAACCAACGGCAGAAUAAAAACACAGAGUUUCUGCAAGCCAUGGAGGAGGAACGGAUCCGUAUGGAGCAUCUUACCGCAAUCACACAGGAAGAAACUGAUUUACUGCGCAAAAGGGAGGUGGCAGCGGCCAUGCAGCAGAUGCUAUCGCACAGCUGUGCUGUCAACGUUCUCCAGGAAGCCAAUGACAACCGCAGACGUAGCCUGAUGUCCGAGGCCUGCAGGAGGUCAGAGACACACAUGCUUAUGGAGACUUUGGACAAAAAGUUUGACAAGAUGUUGUCCCUCCAAGCGUUGGACAAAUCUAAAGCCAUUGCCCAAAUCUUGCAGGAGGAGGAGAUUCAGAAAGCUGCUUUCCAGGCUCUGCAGCUACAGAAAGAUGCUGUUCAUGGCUACUUACGCAACCAGAUCAAACUCAUAGAGAAUGAGCUAAUGCUGCUGACCAAACUGGAGGUUAAAAAACGCAACCUGGAUGCUGAGACCCUGCAGGAGGUUCUGGUGGAUCAGCGCACAGCUCUCAGUGAUCUGUUGCAGCAGCUGCUGAAACAGAAGAAUCAGAGAGAGCAGGAGCUGCAGCAGAUUCUGUCUGAGCUGCAGCGUAAAAGCGAGUCGAGUCAGGAGAACUACUGGAUGAUCCAGUAUCAGAGGCUGCUGGAUGCUAAGCCCAUGUCCCUGCGCAUGCAGGAAGCAGGCGUUGAAAAGGAGUUGGUCAACCUGCUGUACAAACUGUCCGCUCAGCAUUACCUGCCCCUGGUGGCUCACCACAGGAUAACGGCUGAGGUCCUUCGUCAAAUGAGCUCUGCUGACCUGAAGAAGAUUGGUAUCAAUGGAGUGGGAAUCCAGAAAGCUCUUCUCAGCUGGGCCCAGGGUUUCCAACCAGAAGACGGUCCUCAGGCCGCGCCUCUGAAGGAAGUGGAGGAAGAAGCCAUGCCCUCAGCUCCACCUGAGCCUUCUCCUCCCUCCGUAUCCUCCAUGUCAGCUACCUACUUCCCUAGCCCACCACCCACCCCUGGGACACCCGUCACCCCUGCGGCGUCCAGCCCUGUGGAGGCACCAGGCAGCUCUGAGUGUGUGGUCUGCAUGGAGAGUCAGUCUCAGGUUAUUUUCCUGCCCUGUGGUCACGUGUGCUGCUGUACGGUGUGUAACGAAGCACUGCAGAACUGCCCGAUGUGUCGGGCCAACAUUUCCCAGCGUGUACUCCUCUACCGCAGCUGAAGUCGCUGCUCCUCUGCACCUGCUGUGACCGAAGACCGCACAUGAGACAAAUGGAGUCUUUUAGUUUCUGCCUGCAGCCUGUGAGUUUAGAGAUGAAAGUGGAUUAUAUUCCAAAAUCUCCAAAUACUAGAAUUUUUAAAAUAAAUCAUUUUAUUUAACACUAAUUUUAUUUUAUUUUUCUAUAAUGCAGUUAUGAGAGACUUAUAUACAGUACAUACUUCCUGUCAGGUAAGCUAGACAUCAUGUCAAUAAUAUGACAUAAAUUAUGUUUGUAAUAAAAAAAUUGAAAUCAAUUUAAAUGAGAUGGAAAAUAAGUGGGUAGAAUGAUUAAAUAUCUAAAAAUGUAUUAAAUAAAUUGAAAUUUUCAUUUUAGGAAAUUGGCUAAACAUCUUAUAAUAGACAUAAAAAAGGACUAUCCCACAAAAAUGAAAAAUAUUAUAUACAUAUAUAUAUUAUGUGUAUAUAUAUUUGAGGGAAAGGUCUCUGACCACAUACCUGGUACAAAUCCUGACUAUUUCAUUUCUCCUAACAGUGACAUUAUCCUAUUUAAUAACAAACAUGCGACUCGAGAUGUUACAGUAAGUCAGUGAUUCCCACUGCACGUGAUUGACAUAAAGAAGUCUUACAGUGCACCACUGAAAAAAAAUUCCCAAAAGUUUAUGAAUUGAAAUAUGAUAUUCUUUUUUCAAUGAACUUACACUUUACUUCCUUGAGGUAAAACCUGGGCCUGUUUAAUUAAACGUAUCACUGAUAUGCCCGUAGGAAUUGAAGAAAGACACACAACAGCUCUGAGUCUCUUUUUUUUAAAUUUAUAACCAUUUGCUUCCACCUAGUGGAAUAGUAGUUAUGUAUGUUCUGCCUUUUUACAUAGACAAACAAGAACAUUAUUUACUGUAGAUGAAUAAUAGAUUUCAGACCAAGAAAGUCCAGUUGGAUCAUUUUCAAUGGUACAACUGAUGAUGUCUCGUGGCACAUGAGUUGCAGCACAGUGUUUGGGAAUCACUGCAGCAAGUGACUGAUACAGUAUUAUGCACAUUAAGAAAGAUAGAAAAAAUUAUAAAGAACUACAGUAAUGGUCAAAGUCAGCUUUAUUGUCAAUACCUUCACAUGUACAGAACAUACAGAGGUAUCGAAAUUACGUUCCUCACCUUCCCGUGCGCUGACAGACAUAGACAAUACUGAACGAAAAACAUUAAGGUGCAAUAACAAUAAGGUGCAUGUGUAGCUUUAAGGUGCUGUAAGGUCUGUAAAAAUAUAUACAUGAGGUACAUAAUAAAUAUAGUAAUAUAAUUAGCAGCAGAUGAGGUGGUAAUAGUGCAUUUUAUGGCAUUUCAACAGUGCAGUGGAUAUGUAAAAGAGGCAAAGGUACAGGUGGAUGGUGGUGAGUACGGAGUAAUAUCUACGGUAUCUGAUAUUUAUUCCAGUAUUCAUUUUAUCUUAACAAAGUGUAAAUAACAAUAUUUUAAUGUUUUUAUUUUAAAAAAAUUUAAUUUAAAAAUGUGGGCAGUAUUAGACCAGCUGUCCAUUCAAAUAGGAAAAGUAAUGAGUAAACUUUACAUGUCUAAGCCUCAAAGGUUGAGGUCUGCAAACAGAAGACUACAUCCAGCUCCAUGUACGGUCCACGACUACAGAACACUGUGUUUAUGCAUGUUUAUAAAGAUGCUGUGAUUGAACUUUAACUUUAAUGAGUAUAGAGAAGGUUUAGAAAGGACCAACUGUCCUUCAUUCACCCUCACCUACAGUACUUUACUAUAUAUUCUAAGAAACACAUUUUAAAUGUUCUGUCAUGUUACCAGCUUUAAAGCAUUUCUGACUUUUUUUAUUGUAUACAUUUAUCUAACAUGUGCCUUCUACAACCUGUCACUUUUGUUUUCAAUUAUAUAAAUAAAUAUUGUUCACAAUGGCUGCCUGUAUAUUCCCCAUGCUGGAAUACUGUAUACAUUACACGAAAUAGUGUAAUGUACUGUUGGGAACCCUUUCUGCAGUUCGUUUGCUUGAGGAAUGGUUCCCUGUAGUGUUAAUGGCUCUCCCUAAGUUGUACCGAAUGUCCUUCUCUGUAAAAAUGCAAAACCUUUUCUCACUUUCAUGUGCAUAUACCUUUAAAAUGUAGACCUGUCUAUAAAUAAAGAUUUUAUUUGCCAAGUC